UGAGUGGGGUUUGGUGUUUCCCGACGCUAACGGGGAGUACCAGUCUCCCAUUAACUUGAACUCACGAGAAGCCAGAUACGACCCCUCACUGCUGGAUGUCCGCCUCUCCCCGAAUUAUGUGGUCUGCCGGGACUGUGAGGUCACCAACGAUGGACAUACUAUUCAGGUUAUCCUGAAGUCGAAAUCAGUUCUGUCAGGAGGCCCAUUACCUCAAGGGCAUGAGUUUGAGCUGUAUGAAGUUAGAUUUCAUUGGGGAAGAGAAAACCAGCGUGGCUCGGAGCACACAGUUAAUUUCAAAGCUUUCCCCAUGGAGCUCCACCUGAUCCACUGGAACGCCACCCUGUUUGGCAGUAUUGAUGAGGCUGUGGGGAAGCCCCAUGGAAUUGCCAUCAUCGCUCUGUUUGUUCAGAUAGGAAAAGAACACGUAGGCCUGAAGGCUGUGACUGAAAUCCUCCAAGACAUCCAGUAUAAGGGGAAGUCCAAAAUAAUACCCUGCUUUAAUCCUAACACUUUAUUACCAGACCCGCUGCUGCGGGAUUACUGGGUGUACGAAGGCUCUCUGACCGUCCCGCCCUGCAGCGAGGGGGUCACCUGGAUACUCUUCCGGUACCCUUUAACCAUAUCCCAGCUGCAGAUUGAAGAAUUCCGAAGGCUGAGGACACAUGUGAAGGGGGCAGAGCUUGUGGAAGGCUGUGAUGGGAUUUUGGGAGACAAUUUUAGACCCACUCAGCCACUGAGCGACAGAGUCAUAAGAGCUGCAUUUCAGUAGCCAAAGAGAACUGGAACCAGGGCGUCUUCGUCUGGGUACGUGCGGACUAAGUAAGGAAAAUGCGGUGCACAGUUAAGCCUUGUUCCACCAAAGCUGCUCUCGUGAUGGUCCUGAUCAUUUAGCGAUACGAACGCACUGCGUUUAAAUUUGGGACACAUUCUCAAGCCCUGUUAAUUAUGAGUCAGGUGGUUUUUAAAAAAUUUCAUGCUGUGUU